GUCAAUUAGAAAAUAUUAAAAAAGAAGUAAAAAAGGUCUAUUAUGGUAUAAAACACAACAAUAUUGAACUUAGUAAAGCGAUUAUCGAUAAUAUAGUUUUUGUAGCAAAUUCUUUUAAACCUUUUUUAACAAAAAAAUUGCAAAUUUCUAAUGAAAAAUUUGAUGAGUUGGUCAAAAUAUCAGAAAAAGAAUUAGCUGAACAUGAUGCUUAUUAUUAUUGGGUUCGUGCUUAUGCAAAUAAAACUAUUGAAAAUAAUAAUUAA